UCCGAUUUGUAUACACUCUCCAGUCUCUUCUGUGCCUAGCGGUUCUGGUUCAUUUGUUUGCCCGUUCCGUGAGACCGUUUCCUAGGACGCACAUUGUACGAUCUAGAUCUGCUGGAGGCAACCGCAUCAUACGCGGUACGACCUACACUCCCGUACAAUGUGUACAAACCAAAGAACGGCAGAAACGACAACACACGUUGUGGGUAUGAAGGUAUGGACGAAAGAAUGUUGUAAAGACGGAACAUCAGCUCUCAAGAGCGUUUUAUACGCUGCACACUCUCGAGCUCUCAAUCAGUUGAGACGUAGCUGCAGACCGAGACGUUGUCUAGUUCUAUAAGAUAUGGGCAGCAGUGGGUCUGACAAAAGGAUUUGCGUUGGGAAUCCAACGUGCUGGCUGCUCCUAUUGCUCACAGCUUCGCUAAUUGUCAAUGUCGUGUUUGCUGUAUUUGGUUAUUUAGCAGUGAGGAAUCUGCAGAACGACUUUCGAGAUCUGCAGAAUGAUGUGGCUGAUGUGCAACAACAUCAGACAGUAACAAGUGAGGUGAAGGAACAGAUGAGUGAAAUAUUAUCACACAAUGCAGCAGACAGACAGAAGAGAUCGGGAUCAUCUCCUACUUUGUCAUCUCGACUAGCAGUUGAUUUUGGGUCAGUGUUUGUAACUGCUAUAAAGAGCAUGUGCAAACCAGUUGGAGCUGUCUGCAUCCCGGGAGCAAAAGGAGAAGCUGGACAACCAGGAACAGAUGGAAAACCUGGUGAUGAUGGGUUGCCGGGAAGAGAUGGUUUGCCAGGUGCUACUGGCAGAGAUGGCCCUGUUGGUUUACGUGGUCCACCUGGUGAGCCUGGAGCUAAGGGAAUGGGAGUGCCUGGAAAGCAAGGUCCGAUAGGGAUACCUGGUGGCAAGGGAGAGAAAGGUGAGAGGGGGGAGAAGGGAGAAAGAGGAGAAAGAGGAACGCCUGGAAUGAAAGGAGAGAGAGGCUUAAAAUGUGAGGGAUCAGAAAGGGUAGACUUACCAAGUCAGUGUAAUGAAACAAACUAUCGAGUGUUGUCUGAACCUUGGAGGAAAGCAUCUGGUGUUCGCUCUCCUACCCAUCAUCUUGACAGAGAGGGACAUGGAUUUCAACCAGGAUGGCAUGUAUUUGCUGCUAGUAUUGGGGGACAAAUGCCUGAGACAUGCCCACCAAAGCGUCGUUGUGGAACAGGUGCACCAGGAUGGCUGAAUGGAACCCAUCCAACUGUAGCUGGACAGACCAGUAAAGAAACAGUUUGUUUCCACUGGCAUGGCUGUUGUAACUGGCAGGUGACUGUUGAUAUCACCAACUGUGGGGAAUUUUACGUGUAUAAUCUCCCUGUUACACCAUGUAUCCGGGACAGUCAUGGUAACUGUAAUUUAGCUUACUGCGGCAAAGCCUGAUGAUACAAUGUAGUUUUACAUUUAGUUGAGUAUGUUACUAUGCAUAUGUACUGCUCAUCAUUUCAAGAAUAUCUUGUAAUCAGCAUAAGCACUUGUCACUUCAAUCUAUA